GGGCCACAAAUAUUAAACUUUAUGCUGUAAAGGAGCAUACUAAAACUCAAGACCAUACCGAUUCAUGUAAAAAAAAUGAAAUUUUAAAUACACCACCUGAACAUAUUAAAAGCUUGAUGAAAAUUAUUUAUUGUCUUGCUAAAAAUGAUAUUCCAUUAAAUAAAUUCAGUCAAUUAGCUCAUCUUGGUUGUGCUAUUGGAGCUCCAGAUUUAGUUUCUGAGAAUCAUCCGAUUACUUAUGAAAAUAAUACAUGUGCACGUGAAAUGUUAUUUUCUAUAUCUACAACAAUUGAAAAAAGUAUUUGGGAGAAAUUAAAUAUUGCUACAGCAAUCGGAAUUAUAGUUGACAAAAGCACAGAUAUUUCUACAGAAUCUCAUCUUAUUAUCUACGUUAAAUAUCUUAUUAAUGGUAUUAUUAAAAUACGAUUUCUAAGUCUGUUACAAAUCGAAAAUAGUGAUGCAAAAUCUAUUUAUAAUACUAUAACUAAUCCAUUUGUUACUAGAAAACGAGAAUAUUUAAAUAUAGAUGUUGAUGAUAUUCCCAAAUUAGGUCCAAAUAUUAACAAAUUUUUUAUUACUGUACCAUCUAGAAAAGAUACGAAGAUCGGAUCACAUUAUCUUAUUUGGACGCCAAAUCAAGAAAAUGAUUUACUAGCAGAUAUAAUGA